AUGGCAGCGAAUAGGGGAGUGGAGACCUUCUUAUCUGUCUUCUUAUCUGUCCUGCUGUGCAGCUGUCCAGGGACCGAGCUGAAGGCAUUCAACAUAACUUUAGGUUCAAUUACUGAUGAUUCACUCAAUUCAACAAAUGAAGACAUACCUGAAGUGUUUGAUGAAAUUCUAGCCCAAGAGAUUUUAGAGCCAAACAACACAGCAAUGUCUGAAGCGCCACAGACGACAGUAACAACGGUAGCAACAACAGUAACAAGCAAGGAGAAAUGCAAGUAUACCCCCUCAGCCCCAGGGGCCCAAGUUGUUGACAUUGAUGAAAAUUACCAAGAGGAUGGCUCUGAGAAUUACCAUGAGUUACUGGAGAAUUUAGAAGUCUCAUCUACAAACAAGGAGAAUCCAGAAAAUAAUGAAGAGAAGAGUCCAAGCAAUGACUUAGUUCUGGGCAAAAUCCUUGAAAACAUAGGAAGAUCUUCAGGCAGCCUGGAACUGACAGGCAAGUACUCCUUGAGCAUCAGGCCCCCUGCCAGGCUGAGGUGA